AUGAGCAACAUUUGUUAUGAUGUCUGGCUUAAGAUUUUUUCUUAUCUGACUCCAAGAGAGCAAACAAAAUUUAGAAGAAUAAACAGUUUAUUAUAUGAAGUAUAUUUAUCCUAUGAUAUAAAUGAAGAAAAACAUGGAUUUUAUGAGUUUGUUUAUGAUUGGAGAGUAUUGAUAUAUAGAUUCAAACUCGUAGAAGAUAAAAAAGAUAUAUGGAUAAAAAAUGGUGAUAGAAUGGAAAAAAGAAAAUUGAUGCGAGACAAAGAAGGAAAAUAUUAUUGUGGAG